CUGCCAAAAAAAUGUGUAGAUUCAAACGUGAGCUAGACUAAAAAUGGCGGAUCAAUCAUCGGCAUUUGCGAAACUCCCGGAAUACAUCCAGGGUGGCUUGAAGAAGGUAGCCUCGGAACAAGGAUUCACAGAUGGACUGUACCGGUUCGAGUUCGAAGAUGGAUCCAAUAAUGGCGACGGAUACAUGGGUGAGCUAUUUAAGGUGUUCAUCCGGGAAGCCGGUCGUGAUGAGCUGGUGGUCCUGUGCAAGACGCUUCCAACGCACGAAAUUCGCAAGCAGUAUACCAUUUCUUUGUUCCACCGAGAAGUCAAGGCUUACAAGGAAGUUCUACCAAUGAUUAGCAAAUUUCAACAGGAGAAAGGCAUUGAGGAGUACAAUCCUGAAGGAUUUUGGAACUUCCCCAAGAGCUACUAUGCUUAUUGCGAUAUGCAAAAACUGGAAGGUUUAAUAAUCAUGGAGGAUAUGAGAGAGACACAUUUCCAGAUGUGGAACAAGCUGGAACCGGUGAAUUAUGAUCAUACGCAUAUGUUAGUGAAGCAACUUGGGAAAAUGCACGCGAUUUCGUUUGCAUUAAAGGACCAGCAACCGGAAGCUUUCGAAAAAUUCAAGCACUUCAGUGACCCACUGAGCCAACUGAUUACGUUCGAUCCGACGAAGGGCAUGACAAGGAUGAUGAACGGAACAUGUGAAAGGGCAAUCCAUGCCCUAGACGAAAGCGAUGCGUUGUGUAGGACGAAGAUGGAAUCUGUCCGUGGAGUGGUUACUGACUUGUAUCAGGAGGACGCAAAGGUAGACGAAGCUGAGCCUUAUGCUGUGCUGGGUCAUGGCGAUUGCUGGAUCAACAAUAUGUUAUACAGCUAUGGAAGCGAUAGCAUCACUCCAAAGGACAUACGUUUAAUCGACUGGCAACUGUGCCGUUAUGGUUCACCCGUGCUAGACUUGAUGUACUUCAUAUUCACGUCGACUGAUGCAGCGCUUCGUGCCGAACACUACGAAGAACUGCUCCAGACGUACUACACAUCUCUCGUGGACUAUCUGAAUCUCUUGGGCGGCGACGCGGAACGUCAAUUCCCGGAGUCAGCGUUCCAGAAGCAACUGAAACGGUUCGGACGAUUUGGCUUACUGAUUAGCUUGCUGGUGCUACCGAUCAUCUGUACACCGAACGAAGAGGUGCCGGAUAUCGAAAAGCAAAUGGAGCUGGCAAAGAAGGCCCAAGAGAGUGGAGGGGAAAAUGUGGACGACAAAAAUCUCUUCAGCAAGACUGAGGCAGCGGAUGCAAUGUUCCGAGACCGAAUGCGGGGCUUGAUCCAGGACGUUGUGCGAUUGGGAUAUUUGUGAA